UACCUUCCCCACUUCGUACUUCGGCUUCUCUUCCUCGAUAAACACGUAAAUAAUUUUUUUUCUUCUUCCUCUGCUUCAAGUCUUCAACUCUCUUCUCCUCCUCGUCGUCCUCUUCGAUCUCUCCUCCCAUUUCCACGCGGAGGGGAGGCGACAGCGCAAUAAAGGCGGCGCCUUUGCCCCUCCCCAGCAUGCGGAGCUAGCCACACGGUGGGGGACCCACGCCAUGCAGACGGGGCCCGCAUCGCCGGAGAAGCCGCCGGCCGUGGAGCCGGAGGCUGAGGCGAAGGUGGAGGGAGCGGCGGAGGCUGGCGAGGAGCAGGGGAAGGCGGAGGAGGCGGUGAAGAUGGAGGGUAAGGAGGAGGAGGGCGAGGAUGAGGAGGAGGAGGAGGAGGAGAGGAGGGGAGGUGGGCGGCGGCGGCGGCGCGGUACGGUGGGGGAUGGCGCGGUGGUGAUGGUGAAGCGGGAGCUGCUCGUGCGCUGCAUGACGUGCCCGCUCUGCCGCCGCCUGCUCCGCGACGCAACCACCAUCUCCGAGUGCCUCCACACAUUUUGUAGAAAGUGUAUCUAUAAGAAGCUCAAUGAUGAAGAGCAAGAUCACUGCCCAGUAUGUAAAAUUGAUCUUGGCUGCACUCCACUUGAGAAGCUUAGAGCUGAUAACAAUCUACAAGAUGUGAGAUCAAAAGUUUUUCCAUUCAAAAGAAAAAAGAUUAAUGCUGAAGAAGUUGAAUCUCCCAUUAUGCUACAUGUUAAAAGGAAAGAAAGGUCUAUCUCUUCAUUGGUGGUGAAUACACCUCGAAUAACACCAGCAGGUUUGACAGGGCGGCGCACAAGGGCGGUUACCAGGAAGGCAGCCGCGUUACGUGGCCUUGGUCCUAUCAUUGUGGAUCCUUUGAAAAAGGAUAAUGAUAAUUUGAAUAAGCAAACUGAUAAUUCAAGCUUGCUAGAUAGCUUGAGCAAAAUACCUCAAACAAGAAGACAGGUAUUGUCAAAUGGGGACACUUCAAGUCAUCCCUCUGGUAAAGAUAAAGCAGGUGAUAAUAAGGACUUGGAUAAGGCGGAGCUCUGGAGACCUUUGAAUUGUCUUGUAGAGGCUGCAAGCAAAACAAAGCCCCCCCGGACAAGUGCACAGAGUCCAGCUUUUAAGGUAGAGAAGCCCAAUGAAUCUCCUAGUAGUGAGCAUUCUAGCAGAACUAAGGCUAAGGAGCCUCUCCAGAAGUCCAAAGUUCAGGAUGACAAGAAAGAUAUUCCUGAGCCAAUAGUGCUGCUUAGAAGGAGAGGGCCUGGUCGGAAGAGGAAACACCCCCUACUUUCAGCCAAUGCAGCUUCCAGUGCUGCAGCUAGCCAGAACGAGAAGACAUUAAGCCCAGUAUGGUUUUCACUGAUUGCCUCGUUUGACCAGAAAGGCGACCCUCCCUUGCCUCAGAUACCUGCCCACUAUUUGAGAAUAAAGGAUGGAAGCAUACCUGCAUCAUCCAUCCAAAAGUAUAUUAUGCAGAAGCUCAGUCUUCUAAGUGAAUCUGAGGUUGAAAUAAGCUGCUGCGGACAGUCAGUGAACCCUGCACAACCUGUGCGCAAUUUAGUGGAGCGGUGGCUGAGGGUUGGCCCGGCGCGCCCUUUGCAGACGAUGAUAGGCUCCUCUGGAGGAGAUUAUGUGAUGGUGAUAAGCUAUGGGCGACCAAAGUCUGCAUCUUCUUGAAUGUACCAUAGUCGACUUGGUGAUCUCCUAAUCAGACAUAAGGUUGCGCUGGCCCAUGGGAAGAGGUCAUCAAAGAUACAGGGCUCCCCGUUGACAUAUACUCAACAAUGUAGCUGGCUACUUUGCACUCUGCAGCCAGCCCUCUUGCUCUCACUGAUGCUGUUAGAUGAUGCUCGGUUCUUUAAGGAUUUGUUUGUUCUUUCGUUGUUGUUAUACAGAUGAGAUGAAAGUCGUAAUUUGGAGUUUGGGGGAGGCUGUGAGAAUUGACAUCUAGGUCGGAUAAAGAGAGGUGAUAUCGUUGCCCCGCCCUUGGAAGUUGGAAGUGAUGAAUGAUUACGGUGGGCUGCAGGUUGUUUCUUCAGUUCUUUUUCCUUCUUCCUACUUGAAAAAUUCUUUUUCCUUCUUCCUACUUGAAAAAAAAAAUGCAAUGUAGUUUCUUUAGUUGCCCGGAUCUGAAUUGCUGUAAUACCUGUCUGUGAUUUAUUUGGAUUGUUGGAUCAAAGUGUUUGUCGAUCUGCUGUUGUUCUGUUC